AUGGUGGAGCAGGGAGACGAGGCUCCGCUGCUGUGCUGGGCCGAGGGCCCCGCCGUGUCCCUGCCGCAGGCCCCCGAAUUCCAGGCCAGCGGCCGAGGAUGGGGUGCGGGGGGUGGUGGCGGGGGUCUGGGGAGCGGGCCCGCAUCCGGGGUCCGGCGGGUUGCAGAGCCCGAGAAGAAGGAGGAGGUGGAAGAGGAAGAAGAGGAGGAGGAGGCGGAGUUCGGACCCGGGGAACUGCUGCGGCGGCAGCCCGGGCGCCUGCCUCUGGAGGAGGAGGAGGACCAGGUAGUGGCCGUGUUCGUGGUCACCUUCGAUCCCCGCACGGGUAACAUGCUGGAAUGGUGUCUGCCUCAAGAUAUUGACCUGGAAGGGGUUGAAUUCAAAUCUAUGGCCAGUGGGUCCCAUAAAAUUCAGUCUGACUUCAUCUAUUUCCGAAAAGGGCAUUUCUUUGGCCUUGCCUGCUUUGCUAACAUGCCUGUGGAGAGUGAACUGGAGCGUGGAGCCCGGAUGAAGUCCGUGGGCAUCCUCUCGCCUUCUUAUACACUCCUUUACCGAUACAUGCACUUCUUAGAGAAUCAAGUCCGACAUCAGCUGGAGAUGCCGGGGCAUUAUUCUCAUCUGGCUGCCUUCUAUGAGGACAAGAAAGGCGUGCUUCAUGCUGGUCAGGGAAAAUCCAACUCUGUGCACCCUGUUCAUUGGCUGCCCUCCAUCCAUCGAUAUAUGUACCCGGAGAUGAAGAUCACACACCCAGCCGGCUGUAUGUCACAGUUUAUCAAGUUCUUUGGGGAGCAGAUCCUUAUCCUGUGGAAGUUUGCUUUGCUUCGCAAACGCAUUCUGAUAUUCUCUCCUCCCCCCGUGGGAGUUGUGUGCUACAGAGUAUACUGCUGCUGCUGCCUGGCCAACGUCUCCCUGCCAGGGAUAGGAGGAACGAUUCCUGAAUCCAAACCUUUUUUCUAUGUGAAUGUGGCAGAUAUUGAGAGCCUAGAGAUAGAAGUGUCUUAUGUGGCUUGUACAACAGAGAAGAUUUUUGAAGAGAAGCAUGAUUUGUAUGAUGUAUAUGUGGACAACCAGAAUGUAAAGACCCACCAUGAACACCUGCAGCCGCUGCUCAAGCUCAAUAGUGCCGAUAAAGAAAAGUACCGGAGACUUAAUGAGCAGAGGCAGAUGCUGUUAUACUCUCAGGAAGUGGGUGAGGACUGCAACCCAUGUGAAGAAGACCUCUUUGUUUUGUUUUUCCUGGAGCAGAACAACAGGAUAUUCCAGACUUUGCUGGAAGUCUCUGCAAGCCAGGACAAGACCCUGACUGCAGAGCAUGCCCGAGGCAUGGGCCUGGACCCCCAAGGAGAUCGAAGCUUCCUUAUGGACCUGCUGGAAGCAUAUGGCAUUGAUGUGAUGCUAGUCAUUGAUAAUCCCUGCUGCCCAUAGACAGCUGGUGAAGAAGUAACUCUCUCAUGUGAUAAGAAGCACUCUUGGAAUUCAUCCCACUGCCUCCCAAAGGAUUUCAUU